AUGGCUGAAUCUUCCAGUACCUUGCCAAGGGCUGGUAGUGCAGCAGAUUUGCCUCCUGCAAAUAUAAUUAAAGAAGGAUGGUUGUUUAAAAGAGGUGAACACAUCAAAAACUGGAGAUCACGAUAUUUUAUUUUAUUUGAUGAUGGCAGCCUUGUAGGUUUUAAAAACAAACCUGAAAGUGUUGGAGCUUAUUCAGAUCCAUUAAAUAAUUUUACAGUAAAAGGUUGUCAAAUUAUGUCUGUGGAUCGGCCUAAGCCUUAUACAUUUAUUAUUAGAGGCCUUCAAAUGACUACUGUUAUUGAAAGAACUUUUCAUGUUGAGACUGAAAAAGAGAGAGAAGAUUGGGUUGCAGCCAUUAGAUUGGUAGCUGCAAGACUAGCCGGAAUUGAAGAUGUUGAUGUCGAAAUGAGGAGCAAUUCUGCUUCAGGUAAUGGAAGUAUAGAUGUAGGAACAAUUGAUGAUUUAAGCGCUAAAUUUUCAGUGCAAGGUACAUCUCAUACUAAAAGCUCUGGAAAGAAAAAAGUUACGUUAGAAAAUUUUGAAUUUUUAAAAGUUUUGGGGAAGGGAACAUUUGGGAAAGUCAUUUUAUGCAGAGAAAAAGCUACUGGGCAUUUAUAUGCCAUUAAAAUUUUAAAAAAAGAAGUUAUCAUUGAAAAGGAUGAAGUAGCUCAUACUUUGACAGAAAACAGAGUUCUAAGAACUACAAAUCAUCCUUUUUUAAUUUCGUUAAAAUAUGCAUUUCAAACAGCUGAUAGAUUAUGUUUUGUAAUGGAAUACGUAAAUGGUGGUGAACUUUUCUUUCAUUUGUCUCGUGAAAGAUUAUUCGGAGAAGAAAGAACCAGAUUUUAUGGAGCUGAAAUUAUUUCUGCUCUGGGUUACCUACAUGAACAAGGAAUCAUUUACAGAGAUUUAAAGUUAGAAAAUUUAUUACUCGAUAACACAGGUCAUAUAAAAAUAGCAGAUUUUGGUCUUUGUAAAGAAGAUAUAACUUAUGGUCGUACAACCAAAACUUUUUGUGGUACACCAGAAUAUUUGGCUCCUGAAGUCCUGGAAGACAACGACUAUGGAAGGGCCGUAGACUGGUGGGGAGUAGGAGUCGUCAUGUAUGAAAUGAUGUGCGGUAGAUUGCCUUUCUUUAAUAAAGAUCACGAUAAAUUAUUUGCAUUAAUUCUUAUGGAAGACGUCAAGUUUCCACGUACAAUUAGCGCAGAGGCUAGAAGUGUUUUAGCGGGAUUAUUGAUUAAAAAUCCACAAAAACGACUUGGUGGUGGUGUAGAUGAUGCUAGAGAAAUUAUGAACCAUCCUUUUUUUGCUUCUGUUAAUUGGGUAGAUCUUGUUCAAAAAAAAAUCACUCCGCCUUUUAAGCCGCAAGUGACGGAUGAUACUGACACUCGAUACUUUGACUCGGAAUUCACUGGAGAAAGUGUGGAACUCACACCUCCUGAAAAUCCGGGUCCCCUUAAUACCAUAGCAGAAGAAUUAGACCAAAAUCAACCUUAUUUUCCUCAAUUUAGCUACAGCGAUCUAUCUUCGACGCUUAGCGCUAGCAGUUCCUCCCUUGCUCAGAGUGCCGGCGCCAUGCACUAG